AUUUCCACAUGAAAAGUAUCUUUUGUCUUAGGAUGUCCCUUCUUUCUGCUUGAGCAUUCCCUCUCUGUGGGAGCAUACGGAGCAGAUCAGUUACCAUGGACCUGCGGCAGUUUCUCAUGUGCCUGUCCCUGUGCACAGCCUUGGCCCUGAGCAAGCCCACAGAAAAGAAGGACCGUGUCCACCAUGAGCCUCAACUCAGCGACAAGGUCCACAAUGACGCACAGAGCUUCGAUUAUGACCAUGAUGCCUUCCUGGGAGCAGAAGAAGCCAAGACCUUUGACCAGCUGACACAGGAAGAGAGCAAAGAGAGGCUGGGAAAGAUUGUAAGUAAGAUAGAUGGCGACAAGGACGGGUUUGUCACUGUGGACGAGCUCAAAGACUGGAUUAAGUUUGCCCAAAAGCGCUGGAUUUACGAGGAUGUAGAGCGGCAGUGGAAGGGGCAUGACCUCAAUGAGGACGGCCUCAUUUCCUGGGACGAGUAUAAAAAUGCCACCUACGGCCACGUUUUAGAUGAUCCGGACCCGGAUGAUGGGUUUAAUUAUAAGCAGAUGAUGGUCAGAGAUGAGCGGAGGUUUAAGAUGGCAGACAAGGAUGGGGACCUCAUUGCCACCAAGGAGGAGUUCACGGCCUUCCUGCACCCCGAAGAGUAUGACUACAUGAAAGACAUUGUUGUGCAGGAGACAAUGGAGGACAUUGACAAGAAUGCUGACGGCUUCAUCGACUUGGAAGAGUAUAUCGGUGACAUGUAUAGCCAUGACGGGAAGGCCGAUGAACCUGAGUGGGUGAAGACUGAGCGAGAGCAGUUUAUGGAGUUUCGAGAUAAGAACCGAGAUGGGAAGAUGGACAAGGAAGAGACCAAAGACUGGAUCCUGCCCUCAGACUACGACCAUGCGGAGGCAGAAGCCCGGCACCUGGUCUACGAGUCCGACCAAAACAAGGACGGCAAGCUCACCAAGGAGGAGAUUGUCGACAAGUACGAUUUGUUCGUGGGCAGCCAGGCCACAGACUUUGGGGAGGCGCUGAACCGGCACGAUGAGUUCUGAGCUGCACACAGCGGAGCCCACCUCUCUUCAAAAGUAAUUUAUUUUGACAGCUUCCGGGAGAUUGUGCUCGCUACUGAGACUGUUGUCACAGACUUGUCAGACGUGGAACAAAAACUGUCCCAUCCUGUCCCCGUUCCUCCUCCUCCUAGCGGACCGAGGGGACAGUUCGUAAUCCUUACACUUGUGUGGGUAGACUGACACUUGUAUUACGUAGAACCUGCGUUUGUUUUUGUAUUUGCUCUCUGGUUGGGGUCCCGCAGGAAGGCUGCCGCCCUCCCCUCGCACACAGAGGCGGGGCUAGUGCUUCCCUCUUCCUCGUCCCCAGCGUGUUUCUCAUUGGUUAGCUCGAACGGCAGCCUGAGAAUAAGAACAAAAGUUCAGGGGUGCAAAAAAGAAUUAAAAAAAAAACAAAACACCUCGGAGUUCCGGUUUAGAAAGCCAGCCCCUGCCCUGGCCCUAUCACUGUGGAGGGGGCUGUGGAGGGGUGGCCCCGGGCUACAGAUCCAGCACUGCUCCUGGAGGGAUCUGGGCAAGGAGUGAUCUUUGUGCCAGAAGAAACCUUGGCCCCACUUCACUGAGUUCCCUAUUUGUCCUUUAGUGCCCCCCGCCCCUGUAGGCCUGGCCGGUGGCUAAUGUCAUCAAGCACAGCUGUGGUGGAAGAGUUCAGGCCAGGGCCUUGAAUGCAGUGAGUGGUGAGUGUGCUCUCUCCACAGCCUUACAGACAGAAACAGCUGGGCACCUCGAGAGACGCGCAGACAUUUGGGGCAUACAUUUCCCCCUGGUGUGCAGCUUUUGGAAUGCUAGCGAUUGUCUUGCCUGCCGAGAUGGCUGUGAGGGGCCCAGCCUGGCCCCUCUUUCCCGCUCCAGCCUUCCACGAUCAAGGGGUCAAUUUUGAUUCCACGGCCAUUAAAAGUCCUUCUCCCAAAUCAUGUCAUUGAAAGUGCCUUUAACUGACAAGAGAAAAGAUCACCGAAGGAGAAUUCUCUCUCUCUCUCUCUCUCUCUCUCUCUCUCUCCCGAGAGAGAGAGAGAGAGAGACCCGAAGAGAAAGUACAACAGUCAUUUGGACCACCUUCCAUGAAAGCUGAAGGCUCCCCCACCCCCCAACAUAAGGAGACUCCUCCUCCCUCUGUCUGUAGCAGUAUUAGUUAGGAGCUGGGUGCAGUGUUCUCAUCUGACAGGCUGGUGUCCGCACACCACGUGCUGCUGAAUUUCCCAGGGAUCCUCAUACCUCAGAAUGCAAACCACUUACUGCCCCGACCUCUGGCUGAGCGGCUCUCGAAGGUGAGGGGCUCUUUGGUUUGAGGACCACAGCUCCCCCUCCCCCUGCCUGCCUGUCCUGGAAUCACCCCUCUUGCUCCUCCCCCAGAUACUUGCUGUGGGUCCACCCACAGUUGCCCAUCCUCAUCUAAGAGAAGGAUGUGGAAAGAGCUGAAGAGACGGCAUACUGCUUCCCUGCCACUCCACCAGAGUCUACAGAGCCAGAGCUCUGGCCUUCUCGGCCCUUUCUUACAGGUGGGCCUCUUCCGAAAAGAAUGAUGAUAUCACAAGGUUUUAGUCCUCAGGUUACUAAGACAAGUAUAUAUAUCUAUAACCUGUAUUACUUCAUGUAUCUUUCUGGAUCAUACCGCCAGGUGGUGCUGGGUGACUGUCCUCAUCUGAACCUCGGUCUGCCCUUUUGGUCUUCCAUGAGCCUGGCCAGGUGGGAAGCCAGUAGCGUGGGACUUCCCACAGCCUUGGAAGUAGGCUCUCACUAGUGGGGGGACCCUGUUUUCAGGGGGAACAGAAAGGCUUUCCUGUAUUUCCCAACAUCGAGGAAGGGAGGUGAAAGUUCUCCCCCUCCACCUUCCUACUUGUAUUGUUCAGGGAGGAGAGCGCAUCCACGCCACCAGCCCUGACGUAAUUCACGGGGCACUCAUCAAUUGUGGCACGGCGGGCGUGGAGCCCAGACCUUGGUGAGAGGCACCCACUUAGAACGAAGACCUUGCCCUGCCACAGUGACCAGGUGCUCCGCAGCGUGCACGUAUACCCAUGACUUCCCUGGAGUCAGUGUGGUUUAAACCAAGCCAGAGGCCAGCCACCAGUAUCCCACCACCACAACCGGGGGGGGGAACACGGCUUCAUGGAUGCCAGCCCUCUUGAAUUUGGAUACUGGUUAUUUUUUAUAGAGUGUAAACCAUGUUUUCUAUUCUACCAUUCAAACAGGCUUUUCUGUUUCUAAAUAAAACUGUUUACAUUC